AGAUCGGCUGAGUGAGAAAGAGAGCAGAGCAUUAAAACAGGGACCUUCCUGCGCCUCCAUCAUCUGCAGGAAGAGAAAGAACACACACAAACAUAGUCAGCCUCCCACGUACACACACUGUGCUGAGAGCUAGCAAGGGGCUUUAAACAGAUCCACACGAAAUAUAGACAAAGGGACUGUAACCUGCUACAAUGGAGGAAAACAUGGAUGAUUUGCAAAACCAGAAAGGCUGUAAGGAGUGCUGUGAGCGAUGUGUGGGCAGUCUGCCCUGGGCCUCUCUCAUUGCCACCAUUCUCCUCUACAUGGGCGUGGCCUUGUUUUGUGGGUGUGGCCACGAGGCUUUGAGCGGCACUGUCAGCAUCCUGCAGAACUACUUUGAAGUCAUCAGAGCCCCAGGAGAAACACUGGAUGUGUUUAUGAUUAUUGACCUCCUGAAGUAUAUCAUCUAUGGCCUUGCAGCUGGAUUCUUUGUAUUCGGAGUCCUGUUGCUCGUAGAGGGUUUUUUCACCACUGGAGCCAUUAGGGAUCUCUAUGGAGAGUUCAAGAUCACUGCCUGUGGACGCUGCCUGACUGCAUUCCUCAUGUUCCUGGCUUACCUGUUCUUCCUGGUGUGGCUUGGAGUGACAGCAUUCACCAGCCUGCCAGUCUUCAUGUACUUCAACGUUUGGUCCAUGUGUCAGAACACCAGCUUGCUGGAGGGAGCCAACCUCUGCCUGGACCUGCGUCAGUUCGGAGCAGUGACCAUCUCUGAGGAGAGGAAGGUGUGUACAGGAUCUGAAAAGUUCUCCAAGAUGUGUGAAUCUAAUGAGCUGGACUUGACAUUCCAUCUGUUUGUUUGCGCACUGGCAGGAGCAGGAGCUGCUGUCAUUGCCAUGGUCCAUUUCCUGAUGGCUCUAGCUGCUAACUGGGGCUACCUGAAGGACGCCAGCCGGAUGCAGAAGUACGAGGACAUCAAGUCGAAGGAGGAACAGGAGCUGCAUGACAUCCACUCCACACGCUCCAAAGAACGCCUUAAUGCCUACACAUAAACAUCCCUGUCAGACACACUGAUGAUGAUGAUGAUGCGCACACAGGCACUCACACACACACACAGACACAAAGGGCAUGAUACAAGCCUAAGUCAAUCAGAGAUAAAUAAUAUAUACAUAGGUGAAAAAGACAACAAAAACAUGUGUUCAGACACAGAUACAGAAACAAGUUGGCAGACAUUAACAAACAAAUUAUGACUAUACACUAAUACCAAUAUCAUCCUCAUGUCAGCAGUAGAUUAUUGGCUCUGGGGGUCUGUGCUAACACCAUGUGAGUUUGCUCCAUGUAUAUUUUCAACACAAAAGAAAAAACAAAAAUGAGGAGGAGAAGAAUAAAAAAAAUGUUACACUUUGAAUUUGGUCCCUGUUUUCCUGAAUAGUCGUAUUAAAUUAUCCUGAGUUUGAAUUUGCCUUUUUUUUAAUUAUUAUUUAAAGAUAGCAAAUAUUUUAGUGAAAGGUUGCUCAUUAGUUGUGGCAGCAAACUACACCAUUGCUCAGCAUGCAAAACAGCUGUCACAGAAACAUAUCAUAGAAAUGUAACGAGCUGUUAGCAUAACACACAAAGGCCAACUAUCUACAGCAGAUAUGUGCAUGAGUCUGGUAUCAAUGAGCUCAUCAUAUAAUAUGGGAGCCACUCCUGCUCAACAGCCUUGUACUUGCCGUACACCAUACACGUUAUCACUCUCUCUCUUUCUCUCUCUCUCUCUCACACAUACACGCACAUAGAUGUGGCUGAAUGGUCGGUGUUGUGCAGGUAAUGUUGUAUGGUGGUGUCAUGCUGUGUCGCACCACUAAAUGAUGACUGGUAUUGCAGAGAAGUGUGGGCCUUGAGGAAGCAUGUACCCCCUGGUUACAAAUAGGAUGCUAAUUUUUCCUACCCUUCUCCCUUUUCCCUACUUUUUCAUCCAACCUAACCACUUUCUCCUAUGUGUCACCUCCUCAUCUUGAGCCCACAUACAAUAAUUGUUCUGCAUACUUGUUACACAUACUGAAGACAGCAUGUCACACAAGUAGUUAAUUCUUGAAAUGAAAUUCUUGAAAUGUUUAAGCAGGUGGGUUAUUGUAAUAAUGAUAAUUAGACAAAUUAUGGACUGAUAAAGUACUCUGAUGAUCAUGAAUCAAUUCUAAUUCUCUUAAUGUUAAGGCUUCUGUCAUCAGAGUAAAAGUUAAAGAAUUUCAAAGAGGCCAUUCAGGCUUUGCGUGCUCCCUCCCUUUCAUCCCCAGUUUGUAUAAACUUGGGAAUUGUCCUCAGAAACAGCACAUCAUAACAGCACAAAGUUUUUUGAAAUGUGUACUAUUUUCAUCACUUUGUUGAAUAAUGUCUUUUUCUCACUUUUUGGGUUUUGCCACAUUUUAAUCGGCAUUGUGUAAUUUUGGCAUGGGGGUAUUUAAAAGUGGCAGUUGUGCGGAGAUUGGGCUUUUAUCACUUUUACAUUUUCAUGUAACGAUUUUUCAUUUCAGUGGUUCUGCAAGAGGCCCUGUUAUUUUCCUUUCUUUAAUUGAGCCCUAAUCUAAACAAAAUGUACUUGUCAUUUAAUUUUUCAAACAUCACUGAUGCUAAUGUGACAAACACUGGUGAACUGAACAGAUGGUUACUGUGACUUCUGGGUGGUGUCUUGGUUGUGGCUUUACUAUUUACUACGGUUUUUGGUCUCAGCAUGUUUGGGUUUAAAGAUAGAGGAUCUUUCCAAAAAGCAUUUUCAGGAGCAGCUUUUUGUACCAACAUGUGAGGAGUUUGGUUGAGUUUCAGGAGUCGGUUUGAUACCAAAAUGGAUGUGACAGUAUGCAGUGGUGGGAACAGGUAGAAGGAGAUGAACUCAGCAGUAGCUACAGGGACUCCAUUGGAGUAAUAUUGUUGGUAAUGAAGUCCAAAAUGAAUGAUUCUUAAUUAGGAACACUUUAUAUGAUAAAUUUGUGGUUUCCAGAUUAGGCUAUACACUGUAUUACUUCUGGAUGAGCAUACCUUCAUGGAUUUUCUAUCAAUCUGCAAAGAUUGGAUUUUUAAAACUGUCAUAGUUCUAACUGGAAUAUUGUUUUGAAAUUACACUUAGACUUGUUUCAACCUUUAGUUAUGAUACCAAAACUUUAUUAUAUUGGUCCUUCUGGAGGGAUACAUUUUUUUGUAAGCGCAAAAGUGAGAUUAGAAAAUGUAUCAAAAAAACUUUUUGCAGGGGUUACAUUUGUAUUCAAUAUAAAAUUGAAUUGACCCAGCCAUUAGAAUAAGAUGAUUGUAUGUGUUGUCCUGUUUGUAGCUGUGAAGGAAAGAGGUGAUUCUCUAUCUGCCAGUAGAGAUGAUUGAGAGAUUAUUCAUUGUGUCUGCAGAAUGAUUCCUGAACGAAUGAUGAAGAUGGUGAUGACUGGUUUAAUUUGAUGAAUAUACCAGCACACAUACACACAGAUGCACUACACCAUGACAUUACUCUGAGCCAUAAUUCUUUCUUUACCAAUAUCAUUUCACUAUUUUACUAUCAACUUUUAAUCUCUGAAACGUUUUAAAUGUGAAACCAUUUAAUUAGAAAUAUAAAUGUGUUUUUUCAUUUUUUUUAUGUGCAGUAUCAAGCACUAUACCCAAAUUGACUCUGUAUAAAGAUAUACAUAUAUGUGCAACAGUUGAGGGGAGAGGUCAAGAUAAUGAUCUCCUGCUGGUCCGGAGUCUGGAGGGGGGGUGAUUCGUUGCCAAUGUCCUGAGCUUCUUCUUUCUACGAAAGCUGCAUUAACACACACAGGAAUUGUAUUUGCUUCCUGGGCAACACAGCAGUAGCUGUACAUGAAAAACUAUUUACACAGAAAAUGGUGGGUGUGCUGCAGAUUAUCAAGUUCUGGGCCUCUGCGAGAUGAUUUUCUUAUGGUAUAUUAUUUCAGCUAAGUAUAUUAGCUGAAAUAAAAUAGAUGGCCCUUCACAGUAUGGCUCUGAUACAAUUUCAGUUUAUUUUCACAAUAAUUACUAAAAGGAUAACAGUUCAGUAUCAUGAAUAGACUAGAUAGAAUCUAACAUUUGUCUGUUAAAUACUGAUGAACCUGUUAGUUUUCAUAGAGACAGAAAGUCAACAAAACAUCCAAAACACAUUUCAGUGUCCAAAAAGGCACUGAAGUCAUUUUUUACAAACCACAUGGAAUCAAAUUUCUUCCAGUAUGAAAGUGGUACAACAGACUUCAAAUAUAUUUCUUUGUGUUGUGUAAAUGCAGUUGCAUGUGACACAAAAAAAUUGAAAAAAUGUGUACCAUCAGUAUAGAAUACUACUCCUUCAGACUCGUGGCCUGUUCAGGGGUUUCUUGGCUGCGUACAGUCAGUAUUUUUAAGGGUCUAGUUUUACAGUAACAGUAUUUUUUCAUUUAAUUGCCUGACAAUGGAUGUCAUGUCAGUGUUUUUAACAUCAGGUAAAAGAAAAUAAUGUUUUUUGUGCACUUAUUGACCAUUGUGAGCUCUCUCUCUCUCUCUCUCUCUCUCUGUGUGUGUAAGUGCAUUGUGGUCCACUGUGGGACCUGUGUGUAGUAUUGCAGCAUUGGUAAUAACCUGAAGAAAUAACGAUGAAAAUGAAUGCAUACAUAAUAAAGAAGAUAAUAUUGUACUAGAUUGAAAAAAAAAGAAAGAAAAUCUAGUUGUUGUUUGUGGCAUGGUUAUGCAUUCAAUGGUCAUAAUUUUAAUGAUUAAAACAAAAAUAUUAAUAUUUCCCACUGGCACUGUUCUGCUGUUUUUUGUUUCAAACUUUUCAGUGUGAAGUUUUGCUGUUUCCUCUUGAUAAUGGUGUUGCUAAGCUUGCUUGCUUAUUCCUUUGUUUUCCACCAGAGCAAUAUAUUGUAGCAGUUUGCCAGAAAUCUAUACACAUAAAUCGCUGGCAUACAAAUGCAUGAAUCAUCUAUUAUUGCAAGUCCUAAGUGAUAUGAUCACGUUGUUAUUGUUUAUGCUAAUAAAACAGAUUUGCAAACAUGGUGUAAUGUAUUGCUCUGGCCACCCAUUAUCCUUUAUGACAAUAAACUCUUGAAUCUUUACUCACCUCUGCUCACAUCCUCUUCCUCUUUCUGGGCAUAAAGGCUACUGUCUCACCACAGUUGCUUGUGUCCGCCUCCGAUUUUUGUGACUAUAUUUGACUUUGACCGUGACUCGUCUGAUUUUCUGUGCUGAUGUGCUUUGACAUUGCAUGUUUAUAAAAGAGUCACUGAUGCAUAAGUAACAGCUUCAAAUAAUAAGCAACAAGCGUAGUCAGCACAGCUCAAAUAUCCAGAGCACUUUAUGUAACAGACGUUAAUGAGGCAAAAAUUAUCAUUCAAGCUAGUUCCAGUAAAUUUAACAAAAAAAUAUUUACUUAAGCAGUUUGAGCAGAACACAGAGUGAUCUUUACCAGAAGGUGUCACUGUGGCCUAAAUGAUUUACUGUUUGAACAGGCAAAAGAAGAUUCAGCUACUGUUUAAUCCAGUAAGAGAAUGUGAGCUGCUCUUAUUUUCUUAAUUUCUUUGUCCUUAACUCUGUAGUCCACGUCUCUUUGUAAAGAUGAAUAUGUGUAUUGACAUGUACUAAUCCUGAGGCUUUCUUGUCUACCUGCUGACCACAGCUGAGAAUGGACCAACUUCAACAUUCCAUGAUCCUGACCACAAAUCCAUUUGAUUCAGAAAAACUGCCCAUGUCAGUGAGAUAAAGCACACAAAAUCUGACCUUCUGUGCAACAACAGCUCAGCUGCUUAUCACAGGAUGAAAAGUCAGAUUCUCUUAGCCUGAACAAAGUCCUUUCUUGUUCAUCGUGAACUGAAUCACAAAUCUAAAAGUCGAUGAUGCCGUGGUCUGUGACCUUAUAUUGAUCAUCAUGUUUUCCAUUGUUGCAUUAUGUCAGUUUGGACAUCGGGAGUAGAGUUUUUUUGUCUCUCCAUGAUAUUCAAGACUUUUUGUACUUCACUCUGGUUGUUUAGUAGCAGACUUUAUCUUCUUUACUCCUUCAAUUUUGUACAUAUCUGUGCCAACAGCUUGGGCAGACAGUGUCUUUUUUAUUUGUAAAGACAUUAACUUGCUUGCAUAUAUAAAUAAAACAAAAUAAUACACUUGUG